CACAUUGAUCAUUCUUCCACCUUUGUGUUUGCUUUGUUUAUCACCUAGUGUGAUUUUUCUCGUCAUCCCUCUUCCUCCUUCUUUGCCCGUCUUUGUUUAUUGGCUAAGCCCUAACUCCUCCCUCUGUCUUGGGUUCAUGAGGGGAAAGCCCCACUUCUCAACUCUAGUGCAGGGCUUGCUAGGCCGCAGCCACCAUGAAGCCUGCUAGUGGCUCCCGCUUUGGCCGAAACAGGUUCAGGAUUGUUUAUGUGAACCGUUUUGGUAGCCACCACAGUGGCACCGUGAUUCAUUACAGCAGUGGCCACCUCAGGCAGGAGGGCAAAGCGGACCUGGCAGACACCAUGCCCUGCAUCCAAAAUAAAGCUCAUUCUCCCAUUCCUAAUGGACUGGUCUCUGGGUGUGCCAUCCUCCCUCCAUCCCACGAGGGACAAAAGAGCCCAUGCUUUGGGCCUGGAGCCACUUCUAAGAUGCACGCUGACAAAACUGGAAUAGGUUUCAGCCCGUCUCUAACCAGGGGAAGGCAGGCCAAGUCCCCGAAAGCGGCCAAAGCCAAAAGGAUAAUGGCUGGGCCGCCAUGCCCACCAAACAAAGACUGGGGCUGCCAGGCAGCCGCUUUAAGCCCCACUGUCUCCAGCAACUGGAAAGGAACUGGUGGAUACUACGUGACUCAAAGCGAUGUAUUUGAAUUUUCAGCUCCUUUGAAAAAUGCUAACAACAUGGUCCGAAAACGUAAGAAAAAGUCUGCAGUUUGGUGUGGAGUUUCUAAAGUGAUUUCUAAGAUGAUAGAAGAAAAUGGACAUUUCCGAGACCGACUGAUACACUGCAGCCAACUUUCAAGUAAAAGAAAAGAUGGCACAGAACUGGAGGCCAGUUGCUUUGAGCCCUGCAAGAAAGGAGGAACGGGAGGUAGGGAUAUAAAUGAGAAUGCAGUCAAUGGAGCUUCAUGCAUUGAUACAGAUGAAGCCAUUUUUGGAUGGGUGUAAGAAAUAGAGCAAUGAGAAAAUGCAGCUUUACUAUGACGAGUGUUAUUAUUAUAUUGUUUUUGUUCCUAUUGUUAUUUUGUAAUACGCUAACCAAGAGAAGCAGAUUGUUGACAUGAAAGGGACUUGUCUUGUGCAAGUUAUGUGGAACAUAAUCUUAUUUUUCACUUUUAGUGCUAUUAUAGCAUCAUUUUAAUGCUAGUUUUAUUAAAAUGUAUAAUCAUAGAUAUUCUUUUAAAUCCUGAGUAAGCAUUGCACAUUGCUGCUAUUUGCUUUAACUGCUUAAGACAGUAUGAAUUUACCACAAUCAGUUAUUUUAGUGUUGAUAGUUCCAUGAAGUAAAUAUACAAUCCUAAAGCAUUUGCAUCUGUAAACUUAUUCUCUGAAAGUGGUAUACCUGACUCUUUGUAUGAUAUGUGAAAAUACAAGGUUUGCUGUUGCUGUUUGCCAUCAAGUCAAAUUCAGUUUAUGGAAACUCUAUGAAUGAGAGAUCAAUAAGGUCCCCAGUCAUCAAUUACCCUAUUAAGAUCUGGAAAGCUCAGGGUCCAGGCUUCCUUGAUUGAAUCAGUCCCCCUGUCAUGUGGUCUUUCUCUUCUAUUCAUUUCCACUUUACCAAGCGUUAUUGUCUUAUCCAUUAAGUCAUAGUAUGUCAUAUGUCCAAAGUACAACAGCCUCUGUUUAGUCAUUUUGGCUUCAAGUGACAGUUCAGGAUUGAUCUGAUCUAAGAACCAUUCUUUUGUCUUUUUAGCAAUCCAUGUUAUCCACAGAACCCAUCUGCAGUGCCACGUUGCAAAUGAGUUUAUUUUAUUCCUGUCAGUUUUCUUCUCUGUCCAGCUCUCUCCCUUGCCCUCUCCCCCUCCUCCCUCUCUCUCCAUAUACAUAUAUACAUACAGUACAUCUAUGACAAAUACAAGGUGCUCAUAAUCAAAGUAUGAAGAUGAUGAAUUCAAAAUUCAAUGUCAGUCUUUUAGGGUGCAAAUAGGAGCUGUUUAAAUGAAUGUGGCCUAUUGGGAGUUAGAGGGAGUGUCCACUUUUUUCAGUGUUCACUCACCUAAAAUAGCUCUCCUGCAUUCCCUCAGUCCUACAAGCAAUUGCCUGGAAACACCAGCAAGCAUAUCAUCCAAGAGUUGUACAGUUUCUAAUGCUUCAAAGAAAAUAAGACUGUUUUAGAAAACUGUCACAUCCUAAUUGUUCAUUUUCAGAUGCAACAAAACAAAACAAAACAACAACAACAAAAAACCCCAUUUCCCCUGCUCCAAGAUAUAGUACAAAAUAUAUGUAGACAUCAUAUCCAUGUCUAGCUCUACAUUAUAGCUUCAUGAUACUGAGAAUGUUAUGAAUUUAUCCCUGAACCUGAUUGUUUCCAAGAAUUCUUGGUUUUACAGAUACCAGCACUAAUUGAGCACAGUUUAUCAUAUUAAUUCCAGAUUUUUGAAUGGUUGAGCUUACAUUUGAAGGGUACUGGCCAGUGUCAUUACUGUUAGGGAUUGUAUCUCUACAAUGCAUGCUGUAAAGGUAGUUAAAGGAGAUAUGUCUGGUAAAUAUCCCAACUUUGAUUUUUCACUAUAAAUAGGCAACCCUGUGUACAUUUACGUUAGCAAGCCCUGCUGAAUAAAUUAGGUCCAUUUAGACUGUGAGAAGAUCUUGAGUGAUUUGUCAGCUUUUUUGUGAAUAUGAUACCUACAGUGGUCAGCUGCUUGCCAAAAGUGAAAUAUAUUUUUAAAAUGUGUUCAAGAGAAUGACAGUCCCUUUCUUCUUAACCAAAUCCACUCUUUCCUGAAAGGGGUGAGUACAUAUAUACUUCUCUAAUGUGAUUCACUUCAAUAGAAGGAGCAGACCAAGCUGCCCUCAAUGAAUGUGGAAAUGUGUGUACAUGAAUUCUAUCUGCAAAUCACAAUUCAUUUUGGGCUCUGAAUUGGGACCAUAAUCAGUGUCUUUUACAACUAGGAUGUUUUACUCCCUGUCCAACGCAAUAAUUCACACCAUUUAACAGCCAGCUGUAAAGAAUUUGCUCUAUAGUCUGCAAAUAAAAUUGCUCAGAUUCAUUCUGUCUUGUACUGUAUAGUUGCUGCAGAUCCAGUGUUUAUGACUCAGGGCUCAGUUUGUCCAGGUAAAAUAAUGCUUUACCAUUUUUGCAGCCCAAGGAUGAGCAUAGGGGUCUUGGAGAGAUGAGAGCCAUCACAUGUUUUCCAGUGCCUUGUCCUGCUUGGCUUAUUAAACAGGUCAGAGAAGGACUGGCCAGGUGGGUAAAAGAAUCCCAACAUGCCCAAAGGAGACAGUUGGAGUUUAACACAUGGGAGGAAUUUCUCUUAAUUUUGAAUGAAAAGAAAGUGGGGCCAGAACACAUUCAUGUGAAUUUGCUCGUUAAUUUACAUGAAUUCAAAUUGCAUUCAAACUGACUUCCCAUUGCCCGAAAAUAGCUUGCCAUUGCCCAAAAUUGUGUGUGGUAGUCUAUAACGCAAUAACGUGAAACCCCAUGAGUGCGCUCGGGGUUUCCUUGUCUGAUAAAUUCCAGUUGUUAAGAACUCUUCCCUGUGCUGUCUAACUCAUCAGCCACUCUCCAAUAUUGCAUUUUGAGGAAAGGUACUGGAAUAUAUAUUGGCCUCUCUUCUCCAGGGGUUCCUGUAUGAGACACAUUAUCUAAAUCUAUUCAUAUUGACCUCAGGCCUUUUUAUGGGACAGAGACAACUUUGAUAGCCUUGGUGGAUAACCUACACCAGGAACUGAGCAGGAGGAAUGUUUUCCUUUUUGGUUCUACUGGGCCUUUUGGUGGCCUUGAGUGCCAUUAGCCAUAGUAUCCUUCAGGGCUGACUUGCUGGGAUGGGACAUAGAAGCAAUGUUUUACAAUGGCUCUGUUCUUUUCUAAAUGGGAAAGCCCAGAAGGUGGAGCUGGGAGAUUCCUGCCCAACUCCUGCCGAGUCCCCCAGAGUUCUGUUUUGUCCUCCAUACUAUUUCAUAUAUAUUUGAGAGAAGCUGUCUGGAAUUUUGGGAUUAUGUGUCACUGAUAUGCUGGUGACACUCAGCUCUAUCUCCCCUUUCCAACUAAUGCCAAGAAAAUUGUUUCCAUAACCUGCUGCCUGGCAUCUGUAAUAGACAGGAUGAAUGAAAACAAGUUGACUGGUCAACUAAAGGCAGAUCAGGCAAUUGAGAUUCAGCAUGUGUUGGAUGGGAUUGCACUUCCCUUGAAGAAACUGAUUUGCAGUUUGGGUGUCCUCCUAGACUCAACCUUCAACUUGGAGGUCCAGAUUUCAGUGAUGGUCAAGAGUACAUUUGCACAGUUAAGGCUGGUGUGCCUGGUGGAUCUGAUCUGGCUACAAUGAGACAUUCCUUAGUCACAUCUCAUCUGGAUUACUGUGAUGUGCUCUACAUGGGACUACCUUUGAAAGAGGUUCAGAAUCUUUAGCCAGCGCAAAUUGCCAAAACAGGAUUUUUAACUUGGGCUCACCACAGGGAGCACAUAGCUUCCAUGUUGCAAUGAUUCCACUAGCUGCUGCUUUAUUUCUCAGGACAGUUUAAAGUGCUGGUAAUGGCUUAAAGGUCUGGUAUAGUUUUGUCCCCAGCUAUCUGAAGGACUGUGUUUUUGGGAAAGGCCCUUCUCUAAGUCCUAUCACUUUCCCAUGUGUGGUUGGUAGGAACAAGGAACAUCCCAAGGGAUGCUCCCAGACUUUGGAAUUUUUUUUCCUGGGAAGGCUAGGAUGGAUCUUUCCUUGCUGUCCUUCUGCUGAAAAGUGAAAACUGUUUUAUUCCGAUAGGCUUUUAGAAACUUACUGCCAUGAGGCUUUUAAUAAGAUGUUAUUUUGUAGGUUUUCACUUUCUGUUUUUUUAAUGAAUUUUUAAAAUGGUUUUAAUUCUAUA